AUGGAGUUGUCACAAAGAAAUACGACAAGGUGGCAGCGCCUAACCCACGGUUACAACAAAUACUGGUACUGUAAGGCUGCGCUUCGUUGGCUCGCUCUGGUCACCGCGGUCGUCACUCUUAUCACUUUUGGCGCGACAUGGCGCGAUUAUACUCUCUAUAGCCAAUAUGAUGUUGGAUAUGUGUAUGAGAGCUUGGCCAUUACUUGUCCUCUAAUCGCAGUCAUUGUUGAUGUUUUCGCCAUUGUUCUAUUGUUCAGGACUCGGAAGAAUUCAAACAUCAAUCCUGUCUUCUUACUGGCCGGCGACACCUUGACUCUUCCUUUGCUGAUUAUCGACAUGGCCAUCACAUGCCCUGGCGAAUUCGGCUUCCACGUCAGCACUGCAUCUGUAGAGUUUCCGCUCGUGAUGGUCUGGGGUCUUACUGUAGGCCUAACAGCACUGCAUCUAAUCCUUUUCAUCACUAGUAUCUGGGAAACACACAUUUUCAGGGCCAUGCGCAGGGAACAGAAGAUGUCUGGUUCGGUCAAUCUUCAAGAUCUGAAACAUCGAUCGCAGGACUUGGAAAGCGACACUAGCACAAUUUCAUCAGUCACCGAGGGGCCCAUAAGGGUUGAACUGCCAGAUGGCAGGAUAUUUGAGCUUCCAGAGGGAACCAGGUUUGAGCUGUCCGCCGAACAGCGAUCGGAAUGCCGGCACAACUUCCCGGUGUGUUCCUGGCAGAGCUUGAGGCACCGGUACCGACACGAAGAGUCGACGAGAAAAACGAUCAAGGACCGAUCACAACAGCUCGCUCGGUCGUCGACAAUUUGCUCGAGAUACACUCAAGAAAUGGUCCGUGAAUAUGUUCCCGUGCCAAACCAAAAUCAAAGUCAUCAUCCAAUCAGCAAUGAAACGUACAUAUGUACCUCCCAAACUUCAGAAGCGCAGAUGAUCUACAAGAACUGCGACUGCUCGAGUUGA